AUGGAUUCGCAAUCUAAGCGACCAACUUGCCCUUCUUGCGCUAAACCCAUCCAGCUCUGCCUCUGCAAGCGGAUGCGAUCUCCUUGUCUGGAUAAUCAGGUCAGUGUUACUAUUCUGCAGCACAGUCUCGAAAGAAAACACGCGCUUAAUUCUACUCGAAUCGCUAGAUUAGGGCUUAGGAAUGUUAGUGUUACCACCGUUUUCGAUGUACAUAACGAGGCCGAGUUCGUAAUCAGGGUUAUUGGAUCGGGUUGCAGCAAGAUUGACACGAAUCGUUUGGAUUCUGAUUAUAGGUUAGAGAAUGGAGCCUCCUUGGAACUUGAUGAUAGCUCAAACUCAAAGUUAGGUAGUGCCAAUGGGGAGAACUUAGAAUCUGGAAAGAAGUUGGUGCUUUUUGACCAUGGAAGCUUGAAAACUUCUGAAAGUUUGAAUUUUUCUCAAUAUUCGGGUGAAAUUUCCAGUGGGGAUUCGCUGGUUACAGAGAAGAUAGGUUCUUGUGACGAAAGUGAAUCAGAAGAUUUGAUAAGAAUCUCUAUGAUGAAACGAGGUGUCAUCAGCAAUGUCACACACUCUUUGAUGCUCAAAACCAGUGUGGAGGAUCCUAGUUUUGAUCAAAUAUUGGCUUCUCCUGUCGCAAUGGAUGUUUUGGCAAAAGGGUUUGUGGUAACAAAGUUCUUGGAAGGGAAACAAGAAUUCGAGCUCGAGGUACCUGCUGGAUCAGCAUUGUUGUUCCCGAGCAAAGAAUCGGUGAAGAUCAUUGAUCUUAAAGUGAGAGACUUAAAGCUAAGGAAUCUGAUUGUUCUUGAUGGGACGUGGUCAAAAGCAAGAAGAAUGUACCUUGAGAAUCCAUGGCUGAAGCUUUUGUGUAGCCAUGUGAAGCUGGAAAUCGAUGGUGCAAGUUUGUACAGAGAAGUUCGAAGGCAGCCAAGAGCAGGAUGCUUGUCGACAAUAGAGAGUAUCGUAUACGCGAUGAAGGAGAUGGGUGAAGAUCAUGAAGGUUUGGAUAAUAUGUUGGAUGUUUUUGAAUCCAUGGUUGAAGAUCAAAGAAGAUCUCGAUUUCUAUCUACAGAGUACUAUGAUCCACCAUUUUCGCCUCUCUCAAAACCCACUAAACCUCAAAGAGAGAAGAAGAAAAAGAAUAAAACCCAGCAGGAUCAGUCGCCGGAGCCGGUGAAUAACACGACGCUGCCGGUGGUUUCAGAUCUUCCUUUCGAUUUUAGGUAUUCGUACUCGGAAACCAAUCCGGCAAUUGAACCAAUUGGAUUCCGUGAACCGAAACGGUUUUCACCAUUCGGACCGGGUCGAUUGGACCGGAAUUGGACGGGGACUUGUGCUCCGGCUUCUCCGGAGACUGAUGAGAGCCAAUGGGCGGAGGAGAGAGAGAAGGUUCUCGGCGAGGCUUUGACAGAAGAGGAAGUGACUGAGCUUGUUGAACGGUAUCGUCAUAGUGAUUGCUCACGGCAGAUUAAUCUUGGGAAAGGUGGUGUCACUCACAAUAUGAUAGAUGACAUUCAUAACCAUUGGAAGAAAGCAGAGGCAGUGAGGAUUAAAUGCUUGGGAGUACCAACUCUUGACAUGGACAAUAUAUGUUUCCACCUCGAGGAAAAAUCCGGUGGAAAGAUUGUAUACAGACACAUAAACAUCCUAGUUUUGUACCGGGGUAGGAAUUAUGAUCCGCAGAAUCGUCCCAUCAUACCACUCAUGUUGUGGAAGCCUUAUCCACCGAUAUACCCAAGUCUUGUAAAGAAUGUCGCCGAUGGAUUAACAUUUGAAGAGACCAAAGAGAUGAGAAACCGCGGGCUUCAUUCUCCUGCUCUAAUGAAACUUACUAGGAAUGGUGUCUAUGUUAACGUUGUGGGAAGAGUGGGGGAGGAAUUUGAAACAGAAGAGGUUGUGAGACUAGAUUGCACUCAUGUUGGGAUGAGUGAUUGCAAACGUAUCGGUGUGAAGCUGAAGGAUUUGGUUCCAUGUGUUCCUAUCUUGUUCAAAGAUGAGCAGAUCAUACUCUGGAGAGGGAAGAAGAAUUGA